CCACAGCAGACUGAUACUACAGUUAAGUUAGGCGUUCCCACGACGGGAACUUGAACAACAUAUAUAAUGCCAUAUUUUAUGUAUUAAAUCGUAAAGUAUGAAAAGUGUUGAACGAAACGAAAGGCAAACGUCGAACGAACUCAACGCCUUUCGAAAUCGAUCGAAUUCUGAGAAAUUGACCUCCUCAAAGUCGUCAGGUUGCGAGCUGUUUGCGCCUGUAUUAAAACAUUUCGUGGAAUUUUAUAAAUAGGCGAUCAUAUUAUCAUGGAGAUCAGAAGCAGUGCCACCUACAUUUGGAAUAUAAAAGAUGUGAUGGGACAAGGAGCUACCGGAGCGGUGUACAGAGGAAGACACAAGGUAAUGUGUUUUCGAUCGAACGGCGAAACUUCUUUCCUAUUAAAUAUUCCUCUUUGCUUUAAAAUACGUAAUAUAAUUAAUGGCUACGUCUGUAGAUUUAGUGAGACAACCUAAAUGAAAGCUAUCGAGCUAUCUUGUUGGAUUGUUUAAUAAUGAAUUGGCCGAAGAAAGUUGCUUGAAUGUGGUUCUGAUUCUCGAUCGGCUAGUGCUGUUAAAUUCACCACUCUACGUUUUUAAGUUUUGUUGACGUUUCAACUUUACUCACAUUCCAUGUUCUGUUUUCCUUCUUAGAAAACUGGUGAUGCUUUUGCGAUCAAAGUCUCAAACAAUCUGGGUAUGAUGCGACCCUUCGAUGUUCGCAGAAGAGAAUUCGAAGUCCUCGCGAAACUUAAUCAUGAAAACAUCGUCAAGAUUUAUGCCUCGGAAACUGAGGUAAGAUCUUUUACUUCUCGAUGUUACGGUCUCUUAGUUCGGCAGGAAAUAAAUAUUCUUUGGCGAGAAUACAACACUAUAAUUUAUAACAGUCGGAUUUUUCGGGUUAUGAGGGUCCGAUUCAACAUGUUUUUAUUACUGUUUGUGGCUUAUACGAGCAACAAAAAACAUCUGUAAGAUUUUGAGAUCGAAGGCAAAAGGUUUAGGCAAAAGUAUGUUUUUGCGGAUUUAGAUGUUUCAUGUGAAGGAUACUAAGUCGUUCUUAUCAUCCUCGUUCUCCUUUAGGGGGCAAAAAUAUUAUCUUUUGCUAUAAAUACAAAAAUUAUAUCCCCUCUCACACAAGUAAAAACCUUCUUAUGACGAUCAUCUGUGCAGAAAAUUUAUACGCAGUGUUAUGAUGAGCAAUGUUUUGAUUGGAUAUGGUGCGUGAAGUUUGGGGAUUCCCCUGACGUCACAGAACUUAAAAAGAUAAAAAAUUAAGAUUGGAAGAUUUCAUUUGGCUCAGAGCAUUUUAAAUCUUAUUUUAUUUUCAAUAAAUUUAUGGUUAAUUUCUACUGAAAACCUGCAAAGGAAUAGAACUGAAAAUACUUGCUUUAGUUAUGACUGAUUUUAAGAGUACAGACUUACAGACCUAAUUUUAGCAAUAAAUAAAAUAUAAAGCAGGAAGUAGAAUAAUAAUUAACCACAGGAAGACCCAAGGUUAUCACUUGUUAGCAUUUCAUGUUCCUUUGUCCUCUGCCUCAUUGUCUAGCCUUAUAAGGAUAAGGCUAAGGAAGGAGACAAGAAAAAUUUUAAGAUGUAUUACACCUUAUAUAUAUAGUUUGAGGUGUUAAUCAAAUUUAAAGUCAGGAGUUAAUUUUAAUUCCUACUUAAACUUGGUGUAGAAGGUAAUACUUCACACAUUUAACUUGUAACUCAAUACUUAUUUUUUUGGGCCCAAAGCAACCAGCUUCCACAUAACUCACAAAAAUUUUGUUAUUGUCUGUUACCCAGUAACCAUCUGAAAAUAAACCUAGGGGCCUACUUAAGUUGCGCAUAAAGAUAAGAAAAUGCGCCCACUUAUUAAAAGAAAAGAUUGACAAGGAUUUUGUGACACAACGGCGUUACUACUGUGCUCAUGUUCCAUUGAGAAAAGAGCUGUUUUGGUUGGUUUGGUUGAUCAUCAUUUUUACCCUGCACAUAACUCUGUUGAAAGAAUAAUGAAAUUGAUAGGUAACCGCAUCCACUGAUCUAAUCCAUAUCUCUUGUCUCACCAUUCACAACGAUCCCUUGGUUACAUCCACCAUAGUUUUUGAUAUAUGUUAUCUUCAGAUGUUACUGUUGUCUUUCAAUGUCAUACAGUGUUAUUGUCUUUGUGGAAUGAACUUACAUGUAUAUCUAGCUACGACAAAUCAGUUUGCAUAAACACAACAGACAUAGCAAUUUCCCUUUUUACAUAUUUCACAAAUUUUGUGGCUCCUUUUCUUUAAUUAAAUAGAACCCUCAGGAGCCUAACAACUUUCAAUUUAUUGAAUUUUUCAUUGUCCAUUGUCAUUUGCAUCUGUCUUCCUAAUAGUACAAAGGAAGUUGUCAGACUCCCAAGAAUUAUGAUUCUAGAGACAUCUGUUUCCUUGGAGCCUCCUGGUCUGUGGUUAUAUCCCGGACAUAUUUUGUUCACUUUUAUUAGAAAUCAGUCAAAGGUGUUAAACCUUCUAGAACAGCUGAGAAGAAUUCUGCUUAUUUGGGAAUGGUGGGUGUGAGAGAGUUUAAAAUAGUUUUCAUGCCUCAAAACAAAAUCAGUUUUAUUUAAGCUGUGAAGUUAAAUAUGUUAUGCAUACAGGAGCAUCACUUGGCCAUAAAAUGGAUUCAGUAUUUUUGUAACGAGUCAAACCCCGUUAAUAUGGACACUGAAGGGGCCACAGAAAGUGUCCGUAUUCAUGUUAUUUGAGUUAAAAAAAGCACCUUUUAUUAUAACAAAAUACUAAAGAUAUAAAAGAGCACAUUAUAUUAGCACUGUCAAAUUAAACAUCUCUAAUGUUCACAAAGAAUAAAUCAACAGAAACACUCAAAAAAUGCUCAUCUGUGUAAACUAAUCUAUCAAAAUCAUAAUCUACAUAACUAGUCUGGUGCCUGAAAAUAGUAUGAAAUUGGCAUCUACAAAUCAUCUUAUAGUCAUCUCAUAAUCUACAUAACUAGUUUGGUGCCUGAAAAUAGUGUGAAAUUGACAUCUACAAAUCAUGUUAUCCGGUGUAUUGUAACAAUGGGAGCAUCAUGCUUUCAACUUAAGUUUUUUUACCUUCAAAAUGGAAAGGUUUUGUUACAACAUACAGUUGAUAAUGAAGUGUCUGAAUUAGCAAGGUUAACUUUCUUUAGAUAGAUAGAUAGACAGACAGGCAGACAAAUAGAUAACUUUGUUAAUGUGUGGGAGCCAUAUAGCUUGGGAAAAACCCCAUACUAAUUGGGGGACACAAUUUAUAAUUAAGUACCGUAAAAUUCCAAAAAUAAGCCCCUCCAUGUAUAAGUCCCUCCAAAAAAGAGCCCCCCAAAAUCGUAACGCAAAAAACCCUCCGUUAAAUCGCCCCUCCAAAUAUAAGACCCCCCGAGGGGGCUUGUACUUGGAAUUUACCCUCGAAUACAAAGUAAAACAAAGCAAAAAUGGUAAAUUUCCAUCCCACUACAAGCUAGCCCAAUUGAUUUUGAAACGCAAAUUUCCCUCCGUAAUUAAGCCCUUCCGAAUAUAAGCCCCUCCGAAUAUAAGCCCCUCCAAAAAUAAGCCCCUCAAAAAGGGCCUUUGAAAAAUAUAAGCCCCGGGGCUUAUUUUCGGAAUUUCACGGUAAUUAGAAUUACCUAUACAAUAUAAAGUAAAAUAUUUAAACUACACAUAAUGUACUGCAAUCUAAUGAGAAUCUAAAAUGACUGAGAGAGAAUUGUAAAAUUAACUGAUUAUGAUGGGCAAGAAGCAAGAGUCUGUUGUCCGCAUUAAUGGGUGUCUGUAUUAAGCAGGUUUGAUUUAGAGAAAAUGUAUGGACUUUCCCUAAUGACAAAGAAAACUGUCUGUUGUAAUAACCAGUGGUCCGUAUUAAGCAGAUGUCCAUGAAGGGGGGUUCAAUCCACAUACAAAUUCUCCAAACUGAUCUCCAUACAUUUCCUUAAAGAGGUAGAUGAGAGAAUUUGAUAAAAGAUCAAAGCAUUUUCUCUUAGGUGAUCAUUUCAUUAAUUCUCAUAACCUAAUCUCUUGACAAGGUAAUGGAUAUUGUUGGGAGAAAAUUGAUAUUGGUCACCAUUGGGGCUUAAAGGGUUAAGAUUUAUCAAAACUUAGUUGUCUGACUCUACUGCCAUAAAUGUGCACGUAAAGGAGAGGAAUGGCAGAUUCUAGAAUUUUAUUAAAAUUCAUUUCAAAAUGUUCAUUAUUUUGGAUCAGGUAACUAGUUUUGCCCAGGACAAUGUUUUUUCUUAAGAACUGCGAUUGAGGUCAACAAUUGUGACCACUUAAAUGAAAAAUGCAAAGACUAAGAGACAAUAAAGCAGUUAGUAUGGUAGCACCCAACAGGAAUUUUAUUACCGAUCAAGUAGUUACAUUACUGCGCUUUUCACAAACAUGCGAACAUGCGAACUCUAAAGUUCAAAAGCGGCCUUCACAAUUGCGUUGUUGCUGCCGUCAAUCAUAAUUACGAUCACAAGCAAUGAAGCUGGAAACACAGAAACACACAAAACGGAUCGAAAUCCACCAAUCACAAAUCACAAACCUUGACCUUUUGAACCCGUUAAAGUAAACGUUUGUUUCCUAAGAGGUCCGUUAAGAUGAUUGACGGCAGCGAAAAACGCAAUCAUCAGUUGGCUUUUGAACUUCAGAAUUCGCAUGUUUGUGAAAAGCGCAGUAACAAGUUUAGAUACCAAAAUGACAAAGUGUUUUCCACAAUUGGUCUCAAAACAAUACAUACAUAAAUACAUAACAUGUAGGCUGUGUAAAGAGACUGUUGCUGGGAAGGUGGGAUUCCACUAUAAACAAAUAAUUAUGUAUUUAACACAGUUAACAACAAGGAGUGCAGGGUGGUCAGUGGUCAGUCAUUUGGCUCAAGCGCAGUCAGCCUUGCUUGCAUCACCUUCAUGUGCUCAGUACAACGUUUUCCUGGCAGCCACUCUCUUUGUUUAGCCUUUGAAUCAUUCUUUUAACAUGACUGAUUCUCACUGUUUUUUGCUGUUCAGUCAAGCAGUUUUCUUUCUUUGUUGUCUUUGGCUACGCUUGGCUUUUGUGCAAUCGUUGUUUCUUCGUAAUUUGGGCCAACAAUGUUGGUGGGAUGUUUAGCCUUUGGAUCAUUCUUUUACCCCCAUCCCUCCCCCCUUCAUUCUUCCACUGAUAAAUCAGUGUGACAGGUACCUGGUUCCAUUGGCGUGGGGGCUCAUGGCUUAAGGGUGCAGGUUUGCCAGCCAUGGGGGCGUAACUCUGUCUAGGCCCGAGGCUGGCUGUGCCAAAGGUGUAAGCCCCUGGACAUCCCGGGCACCCACCUCCACCUAGCAACGCAGUUGUUAAUGGCAGAAAAAUGGGAACAGGGUUCUUGCAUCUUGCCUCCAACAUCCACCUGUUGCUGCAGGCAGUACAUUCCCAACUUUUGUUUUAAUGGCUGUCGCAUGUAUUCACACGCCGUAAACUGUUGCUUAUAAGCCCUGGGCUCAUAUACCAGGAGGCUUAUAAUGGGAAUAUUAAGUGAAAUAAUAACCUUAAAAAAUGUCAUAAUAAAUCAAAUGCAUUUCAAUACAUUUGGACGGGGACUUUAUUGUAGUUUUAACAGCUUAGCCUAUAAAUGAUGGCCUAUAUGUAGAGGAGCUUAUAAGAGGCAGUUGAUGGUACUAUACUGAAGUAGUGCAAAAACGUUUUUUCAUAAGCUUCCUUAGUCUAUUGCUUGUAUUUUUCCGAAUGAAAUGAUUUCCACAGCUGAGGACCCAGAAUGAAAUCAUUGUAAUGGAGCUGUGUUCUGGUGGAAGCCUCUUUACCAUGCUUGAGAAUCCUACCAAUGCAUAUGGUUUUCAAGAGGAGGAAUUCAAACAAGUUGUUAAAGAUGUUGGUUAGUACACUGCCAAGAAGCUACAUGAGGAUUUCGUUUACGUUGUCACCGUAAUGAUAAUCAUAAUAAUUACUAUUAUUGUUGUUAUUAUUGUAUUAAUAUUAUUAUUAUUGCAUGAUUAUUACAUGACUAAUAACUAUUAUUAUUACAUGACUGUCUUCUAGAGUGUCAACUAAGGUGACUUACUGUAAAUCCUCUAUUAAGCCCACCCUCUCUAAUAAGCCCCCCCUUUUCAGAGGAGGAAAGUUAAUAAGCCCCACCUCCCCCUCCCCUCCAUCCUUAUUCUUCACAAACAAUUAACGUGGACUGAUCAGUUAUGGUUAAUUCAGGCUGGAAAUUCAUAUUGUUUUUGGUCUUCAGCCGCAAGACCUCCAACUUCAUGUGCUGAACUUUUACAACUUUCUGCUCUAGUUCUCUGUGCGUCCGGUAACCACAAGUCAGUCCUCGAGAAACCUUGCUCCCGUUGAUGCAUUUCGCGGAAUUAAAUAAGCUCCCCCUCAAAAGUGCUUGAAAAAAAUAUGCAACUCCAGGUGGCAAUUCAGGAGCGGAUCCAGGAAUUUUUUAUUGAGGCGGUCCAAAAUUUGGUUCAGAGAGGACUGUUGAACUUGUGGCAAAUUACUUCUCCCCCACACCCCCUCCCACCAGGGGGCAAAAUUCAACGCGCGAUUCAUUAAAAAAAUCAACCAGUUAAAAAGUGAUAUACGAUCCUUACAGUCUAAAGGAAGCAUCAGGUCUGAUGGGCGGUGGGGGGUGGGGGAUUGGAUCAGCCACUGCAAUUUUAGCCGUGUGUCCGUCUUAUAGAGAGUCAACUAAAAGGAGUAGAGAAGGGCAAAUGUACAGGGUGUCUUGAAUAGUUACUAGUUUUCAGGAGAUUUUUCGUUUGUGUUUGUUGAUUUUUUUUAUGCGGGUUUGAAACAACUUUCUGGAGUUGACAUGUUCAUUGGUUCUCACUCAGUUGCAGGAAUGAAACACUUGAGAGAGCAGGGAAUUGUUCAUCGGGACCUCAAGCCAGGGAAUAUUAUGCGAGUGGGAAAAGAAGAUGGAAGGUUAGUGAAACAAGAAAUUUCCUAGCCAGCUAUUUUAUCAUGUCAUUGAGAAGAAAUUGCAUCUACAGUUGAUAAUUACGUGUACAAGGAUUAAAUGCAGAUUUCAUAAAGACGAAGAUAUUACAUGACAGUACAAGCUGAAAAAUGAGCUCGGUUUGCAUCAGUGUCUGGACGCGGGGUUUUGGUCACUCAUACGGGAGCUUACACAAAGACGUUUUUGAGGGACGCACGUCAACCGGAAGUGAGGGAGAAGGCCUCACUUCUGGUUCGUCCCUCAAAAACGUUUUUGUGUAAGCUCCCGUAAUUUGUAUUGCGAAGUUUCUUUUCUCUUAUAAAGACGAUUUACCCAAGAGUUUGAACCAAAACACCUCCCAAUGAUGCAAAAAGUUCACUUCCGGUGGUGGCUUUGUUACGCCGCAAAAUGUAACAAUUGACGCAAAAUGUAACAUUAACGCGAAAUAUAACAACCUUUGACGCGAAAUGUAACAUUAACCCGAAAUGUAACAACUUUUUAACGCGAAAUGUAACAACUUUGUGACGCAAAAUGAAACAAUAUUUUUAACGCGAAAUGUAACAAGAAAAAUGUUACAGCCUUGAAGUAACUGAGAAGCUUGGACAUGAGCCUUGUAGAUAAGGUGUAAAUUGUCUGAUGGUUACAAAAACAGUUUAUUUAUAAAGUUUUCUUAUAAUGUCAAAUAAACUUACAAAACGCUUUUCGAUAAUAGUAACUAAAUCCUGAAACAGUUCAACGAAUUGUUGUUUAGUAUAUCUUUCUGUACUUAUGGGUGACGCUUAAAAGAAAGUUGGCGUUACAUAAUCCAGGACGUAUCAGAUGGGUUAGGAUGGUACAUUUUUAGCAUACUCCCUCUAGGAAGUUGAGCCCGUAUGAAAUCGAGGCGAGUAUCUAUUACUGAUCAUUCUUUUCACAUUUUCAUCGAGUGAAGACGCUUUCUGUUUUUAUCCGAUGCUGUCUGUUUUUACCCUCCUCCUCCCCUUUUUCCUAAAAGGAAAGUGUAGCGGAGCAGUCAUCCGACUUGCGUGAGAUAAUCAACAAUGUUAAAUGGGCGUUGGCAUGGUUAAGUUUUGAGGCAGCAAGACUGGGUUGGUAUGAAAUUUCUGACAUUUACUGGAAGUGCGGCAAGAAAUGAGAAAUUUCAUAUCCAUGGUAUUGACUACGUUCAAAAUUUUCUUUUGAAAGAUUACCUUUCUUAACUUUUACUUUUAACUUGCAUUUCAGUUGCUGAUUGGUGCGUGUUUCCUACGGUGUUAUUGUUCACAUUUCUAGUCAUAUUCUUUUCGCAUAGCUUGGUGUCUUCCACUGCGUUUGGAAUAUCUCCGCGUCCGCUGGUUCAACAAACAAUCAGGACUGUAUCUUUCACUUUUUUCGCUUUAUUUCGUUCGUUCAUUCGUACAUUACAAUCGUUUUAAACAUUCUACUCAAAAUUACAAUGCUCACUAGUUUUAUGGUUACCACAAGUAAACGCCUUGACUACGUAUGUCCGGCCGCAAACCGAACUUGGCAAAGGCUCGCUAUUAUUUCUUGCGAUCUAACACAUGAGCGUGAUACCUAUUUCCUCAACAUAUCCCACAUUAUCUACCUUAAUUAUUAUUUACCGCGCAUAAACCGAUUACAAUCAAAACCACUAAGGUUGAUAAAAACAAACCGAGUCAAUUCUAUUAUUCGUCAUAGGAUGUGGUUAUACGCCUAAGAUAAUUUUCUACUUGCAAAGCAAAAUCAACUGUUCAACAAUUACGAAAAAUAAUACUAAUAACUUGUUACAACUCUUGGGAUAUUUUCCAUACGUUACGUUUAAUAAGUUAGCGUUGUUGUUAUUGUCCAUACUGCUAUUCCAAGGUUAUACUUGACUUGUAACUUUAUCACCUGUUUUACGACCUUUUGUAAGUUUAUUUGACAUGAGAAAACUUUAUGAAUAAACUGUUUUUGUAACCACCAGACAAUUCACACUUUAUCUACAAGGCUCAUGUCCAAGUCUCUCAGUUAUUUCAAGGCUGUAACAUUUCGCGUUAAAAAUAUUGUUUCAUUUUGCGUCAAAAAGUUGUUACAUUUCGCGUUAAAAAGUUGUUACAUUUUGCGUCAAAAGUUGUUACAUUUCGGGUUAAUGUUACAUUUCGCGUCAAAACUUGUUACAUUUCGCGUCAAUUGUUACAUUUUGCGGCGUAACAAGCUCUCUAUUUCAUCACGUUUACGUCAAACGGCAAACAAUAAUUUGUACCACCUGACAAAGUUUCCCCUUUACUUGUCGUUUACUGUUCAUUAUUUCUACACAUAAAUUAGUAGUUUCACGUAAUUUUGUUAUCCACAAGAAUCGUUUUGAGCUGUUUUUAUCUGCUCAUUUUCUGUUUUAAGAAAUUGUCAACUCGAAUAUGACGUUUGCUGUAUACGUGAAGCUUAAAACUGUUUAUGUGAUAAUGAUCGCCUUUUUCCCGAGAAAUAUACAGUGAAAGACCAUAUUUCUAAUACUAAACUAGAAAAAGGCCAUCAUUAUUACAUCCAAACACGGCACAAGGAUCUUUUUUCCCACUUCAACCUUAUUCCAAGAAAACUUUAAGAAAAAAUGUCCCGAAAAGCGCUCGAAAAUACAAACGAAAUAUGCUCAUGCCCCCUGGGCAUCCUAUAAUACUCCUUAAAUCGAAUUAAUUCAAUACGGCCGCCGUAUCGGUAAAAAGGUCUAUUCUGCAUCCCAUACAAAGACUUAAGCAAAUCCUGUCAAGAGGAUUUGGGUUUUCCCGAAUCCCGUUCUCAAAGUCGAUCCCGGUGAUUAAUAUCCUUCCAGUCCCUGUUGCAUUGUGGUCAUCUGAGGAAACUCAAAACUCGUCUUUUAAUGUUGAAUUCUGAGAAUUAUAAAAGUAAAAACUAUUCUGUUUCAGCUUUGUAUACAAAUUAACUGAUUUUGGUGCUGCAAGGGAACUGGAAGGUUCUGAAGAAUUUAUGUCCAUAUAUGGGACAGAGGAGUAUCUGGUGAGUCAACAAUAUUAUUGCCUAUUAUGUUCCGAGCUGAAUACUGUCGAAACACUAUUGUUCCUUGAGUGGGGCCAGAAAAGUUCAGGGGCACCCAACGUCAAUUUUCGGAAAAUAUCUGUUCGGAAGAAGAUUGGUGAUCUAGAGUUUUCGGAACAUUUAUUGUAAAAUUCCUUGCUUGCCUGCCUCUCCUAGGAUUUUCGAACAUCUAAAAAAAUGGUAUAAUUGCCCAUUUUUAAUGUAUUUUUACCCCAAAAAGGUGACCUAGAAUUUUCGGGAGCCUUUUUCUGGCUGAAAUUUUCGAAAAGGUAAGUUUUGAUCCCUAUAAUUUUCGGAUCACUAGACUUUCAGCUAGGGAAUCCGAACAGAUGAAAAAUUUUUAGGGGAUAAAAAUAUGCCUAUAUCUACAGUUUAAAUACUAAAAUACGUUCAACAAUGCUAUGUUUAAGUGGUUUUGAACUAUAUUCUCGUUGGGUGCCCCUGAAAGUUGUCUUGUAUUUUUUAAAAUGAGGUAUCAAGGUCCGUUUCCACAGGCAGAUUUUGUGUGAUUUUGACGCCAUUUUGGGUCAGAUCUUAAAUCAGCCGUGUGAACGAGUGGUGUUUUCAUGGCCAGUGGUGAUCAUCACGACCAUCUCCACAACGCGUGUCGCAUUCACGUUUAGAGACGCAAUCGUGCCGGCCCUAUUUCCUUUUCAUUAUACAGUGACCAAAGCGACUGUUCGAUAUGCGUAUCAACAUACCGUAUUAAAUAGGACGUAUUAAGGAAUACGUGAAACAUAACGACGCGCAAAUUUUCCUCUUUUUCUUGAACUUGAUUGCGGUUCCUAUAGUGGUCCAAAUCCAGGAUACAAAAGAGCGAGCUGGAAUAUGCUUUUAAUGUCAAUCCAUUUACUGAGUGUCGCAUAGGCGUCUGAAAUAGCUUGGUAACGAAAACCUGUCUGUAGAUAUACGUCUUCGAUUGCGUAGUGUUAAAGGUCGGAACAAUGGUAAAAUGUUUGUAAGAACGCGGAGCUUGGUUUUCGUUAAAACGAGGGAGGGUAGACUAGUCUGAGGGACCACAAUAGUGUGCUUCAAUCCCGUAAUCCCGACCCAAAACUUCGGGCAAUCCCGUAAUCCCGAGGGUUAUUUUUGGUAUCCUACCCCCCCUCCCCGCGCAUUCCGUUAAUCCCAAAUCUUACCCCGAUUUUGUUUUAAAAUCCCGAAUCCCGAGCUUCGAAUAAGGGAAAUACUGUAUCCAAAAAAUCCUAUUGAGGACCAACUAGUCUAUAGCAAGGACGUGACCAAUUGAACGCUUUUAAUGCUUGUAAGAACGCGGAGCUUGGUUUGCGUUAAAAUGAAGGAGGUUAGACUUGUCUGAGGGUCCACAAUAGGGCUCUUAAAUCACGUAAUCUCGACCCAAAACUUCGGGCAAUUCCGUAAUCCCGAGGGUUAUUUUUGGUAUCCCACCUCCCGCGCAUUCCGUCAAUCCCGAAUCCCGAGCUUCAAAUAAGUGAAAUUCCGUAUCCCGAAAAUCCUAUUUGAGACCCUUUAGUCUAUAGCGAUGUACACUUUUAUUGCCACGGGUGUACUGGCUGAUUCAAUGCUCCCUAUUUUAGUUUUGAUUCAUUUUUAACUCACUCUAUGUCAAUCUUUGUAGCACCCGGAUCUUUACGAAAGAGGUGUUCUACGUAAACAUGGUAACAAGGCCUUCAGUGCAACAGUAAGUAUCAAGGUUCUCAUAACACGGGUGCUAUAAUUUGUUACAAGGUCUCAAAAUAACAUGAUAUCUCGGUGGCUUUGUAUUUCAGGUAGACCUGUGGAGUAUUGGUGUCACAUUUUACCACAUUGCCACAGGACAGUUACCUUUCAGGCCAUACGGCGGACGACAGAACAGGGACACCAUGUAGGCAAUCCUUUAUGUUGACUGUUUAUCACAGUCGGGGUCCUGACCUCAUCGAUAUUUAUAAUACACUGUGAAUUUGAUUUGAUAUUUCUUGCUCGAUUAAUUAUUUAGCACAGUCUCCAUCGAUAUUUAUCAUGAUUAUUAUCGCGGUAAAUUGGAUCAGUUUUGCUUAGAAUUAAGAUAGUGAAGUACACCUUGAUGUCCUUAGGCACAUCAUAACGUCAAAGAAGAAAUCAGGUAUCAUCUCUGGAGUGCAAAAGAGUGAAGGAGACAACAUCGAGUGGAGUGACAAGCUCCCUGAACACACUCGUUUGUCACAGUAAGUCGUUAUAUAUUCCAAUAAUAUUUAGAGACCUUUAGAUUCAAGGACGAGGAAGGCAACUAGUACGAGAUUUGACUUCAAGUUUUUUCGCGUAUUCUCAAAAUAUAAACUCCCCGGAAAGCUUCAUUGUACCAUAUUUCACUAGAAGAGUUAGCACUGUUACCUUAAGUGAAGGAGGUUUCGCGCUUUCCCCAUCGCAAAAUGAUAAAACUUGUAACAUUUGAUAUCUUGUUUUUGCCACCACGACAUUCGCGCUAAAAAUCGUAGUAGAAUGCCGACGGCUACCACCUUUUCCCGCCAAAAUGUCGCUGGUUUGCGCGCGAGCACUACUUAAAAUUGAGAAAAUCUCGUACUUGUAAUCAUACUCGUCUUAGAAUCUAAAGCCAUCUGUUAUUAGUCUCGACGGCGAUUCAAUAACAAAUUGACUAUCGUGAGACUGACCCUUUUUUCCUAUAUCAUUGGAAGCUAAGAAAUCUAAUUUGUGCUUUAACUGAAAUAAUACCUUAAAUUACUGUAAACUUGUCGCACGAGUAGUCGUGCAAUCCAGUGGUUAAAAAAUCUUAUAAAACCGUUCUGUGCAAUAUUUAAAAGUUGGCAUAGGUUAUUGCACCCAAUGGUGUUUGCAAUAUAAUGAUUGCGUUUAUAGCGACAACAUUGGACCAACCUUUCCUUUGUUGUUUGGAACGUGUGGAUUACCAAGCCUUAUUAAUAAUCGCUUUUACAUUUCAGGGGCCUGAAAGACCUAUUGACUCCUGUAUUAGCUGGGGUAUUGGAAUCAGAACCAACCUCGACCUCAAUGUCAUUUGAAACUUUCUUUGCCGCCGUCCAGGAUAUUUUGUCCAGAAAGGUAUAGGCUCUGCUGUAAUUACGUUUGAUUAAGCUGUGAUGUAAUGAAGAAUUCUCUGACUCAUCUAGACUGCGAGUAGUCUGUCUUUUUCUUCAGAUUUAGUGAGAGCAAUGCACGCGCGUCCGUCACGCGCGUGGCCAUUUGCAUGUCUCGCGUUUUACUCGACGGACUACAGAAAACAGAGAGACUGCUCGUAGUCUAUGACACAUCUAGCAGCAAAUUAAAAUUAUGCACCUGAAAACAGUAUCUUAUUCUCUUGAAAUCAUAUAUCUUAAAAGGGAUUUUGUCGGUUACUCAAAGUAACCCACCCCACCGUUAAUUAAUUAUGGCUCGAUAAUGUGUUGUUGUAAUUUUGAGGCCUUGGGUAUAAUUGUUUUAUGUGACCUUCAACUGAAGCCUUUUAAACAGAACUUGCAUAUGGAAUUUAUUUUGUAUGAUUAGGGAAAUUUGUGUUUAAUUUCUUUGUCAUUUAUUAGGUUAUUGACGUGUAUUCAGUUCACUCGGCCUCAUUUCACAAGAUCUACAUCAAGCCGAGUGAAACGUAAGUCGGAAGCUCUUUAAUGUAGUUUUUAUGGGGGCUAUCUUACUGUUUUAAAGGUCGAAAGGUGUUGUUCUAAGUCAUUUUUGAAACACGAGGAGUGUUCCAUCCGAUCGGUAUCGAAACACCGAGUCGCAAGAAGUAACAUACUAUAUUCAAGAAGGGGCUUUUCAUUUGAUGUCCAGAAAUCGAGAAUUGAUUUAUCAAACACGAGAGUAUUUCAUCUGAUAUCCAAACACCGAGGGAUGAUAUGUCAAUUACAGGAAGGAGUGUUUCAUCUUAUACGCAAUACAUACCGAGAAGUGAUAUAUCAAACACAAGAAUCGAGGGCCAUUUCCGAGUUCCCACGGUCCUCUGUUUCAAAACGAGGGUAGGUGCUCAGCCUUUGAUAUGGAAGUCAUUUUUCAUUCUCAUGCAAAUAAAACUCAUUUUCACAAGAAAGGUUGUGCGCCUAGCCUCAUUUUGAAAGUGAGGGUUUUUGGAACUCGGAAGUGGCCGUUUGUCAUCUGGCCCCAGUUGUGCAAAAGUGGGAUAGCGCUAUCCACCGGAUAAAUCAUUAUCUAGUGGAUAAGUAUUAGGGAAACCAAUUACGCUAUCCGCUGGAUAGAGAUUUAUCCUAUGGAUUGCGUUAUCCGUCUUUUGAACUACCGGGGCCUGAUAUCCAAAAUCAUGAGGUAAUAUAUCAAACACGAGUGAGAGUGUUUCAUGCGAUCUCCAAACACCGAGGAUUAGUCAACGCGGUAAGUGAGAACAAGGUAGCAUGUGAUUAUUUGAUGUGCUCCGAGUCCUCUUAGACUUACUGGUGUUUAUUUUUUUCUCCUCAGGUUUGCCAAGUUUCAGGAGCUUAUUGCCGUACAGACUGGCGUUAGCGCGGCACAACAGAAGCUGAUGUUUAAAUACGAGGAGUUUAAACCAGAGCCUAUGGCGCCUGCUUCCUCGUAUCCGGACACUUCAGUGAGUGUGUUUUUGCUUCUGUAGAGCAGGUAGAAAGCAACAAUGUCAGAGAAUUCGUGAUUUUUGGAAAUUUGCCAAUUGUAUGAAUUCCAACCAAGUUUUUCCAUGGUGGAUAGUAUUGGUAGGGGAGCUAAGUUUCCAUUUAAGCGAGUUCUUCACAUUCAGAGUUAAAGAAAAUUACUGAAGAACGCAGGGGUCAACUUCUAAACGAACAUUAUUUUGAAAGAUGUGUUCGUCUGAUAGAGAUUUCUGUUAAGAGAAACUGUUGGCUCUAUCGCCUUUAGAUAUUCUAAUGGCGUGAAUUUAAGGCAGAAAUCGCUUAACAGGAAUUAAAUCAGAGUUGCUACCUUGAAUGCUAGAAGCAAAACGUAGAACUAAUAUAGAAAAAGUUUGAACUUUUAAACUAGUUUAGUUUAAAAAUAUAGAUCUUACUGUGGGAACAUUAUCCUAUAAACCAGUAGAUUAUUUAAUGGUAAGCAUUUUUGCACGCACAAACAAACUUUACUGAAACAGAUUUUUUUUCAAUUUCUGUGGAGUCAGUGAGUCAGGAUUUAUGUAUCCCAGGAUUGAGGGAUUAUUUUAACUUCUUUAACGUGUUUGUAAUCCUGGGCCUAACAAGUGUUUAUUCUUUUGAAUUCUUAUAGGACGAUUGUUAUAUGGUUAUGAUUGGUGGUGAUAACAUGCCCCCGGACAGACUCUUCCUUCACAAAAUACGUAAGAAACGAGUCAUGUUUUGGGCAUACAACCUGAUAUAUGUUAGCUUUAAUCCAGCUUCUUCGAGACACUUUGGAUUGAAUUUCGUACAUCAAGAACAAAUUAGUUACACCAGCCAAUCAGAAUACGAGGAGAAAUUCAAAUGAACCAAUCAGAACUUGAAGCAAAUGUGUGCAGCGGGAUUAAAGCGCGGCAAAGCGCCUGCAACUCUUGCAACACCAAAUACGGCGUUAGGAAACGUCUCGUGUUUUGGUCCUAAAAUUUGAUAUAUUUUAGCUUUAAUCGAGCUAGUUGCAGCCAUUUUCGGUUGACUGUGGUACAACAAGAACAGUAUAUACCUGUAAUUACACCUGCCAAUUAGAUUACAAGCAGAAAUUCACGUUGACCAAUCAGAACUUGAAGCAAAUGUGUGCCGCCGGCUAAAAACGCGGGAAAUCGCUUGUCAGUCAACAAAUUACUCAUGCAAACCAGUCUGAUAAGCCGAGGGAGAGAGGGGAAUUUAAUUAUUUUUUUAUCCAGACACCUAUAGAGGCGAUAAGCUUGCAGUAUAGUCGAAAAAUCAUCUGCAAAUGGCCUCAUGUGUUUAGGAAAACGUUGCCAGAAGUCUUCAUGAUUUUACAUAGGAAUAAACUGAAUAUACCACGAAAUACUCAUAGCUCUGAAAAAAAUAUCAGUUGUAAACUAAAGCUACCAUGCUUUCUUUUUCUUCAGAAAAUAAGAACCUACACAGCCUAAAGUUGUGCUUAUUAUACCAUUUAUGUAAGAACCUUUUUAGGCUAACUUGCGAAAAUGCCGGCAGGUUCUUAGUCGCGGGUUUCUACUGUACUGGACAAACUGCUAUUAUCUACCUACAUGCUUUCUUUACAGCAAAUCUCCCCAAACUACCUGAGCAGGGCACCCUGGAGACUGAUGCUGCAAUUGCCAAGGUUACGUUAUUCCGACGUUCUUUCACUUGUGUUGCACUUAUUAACCGAGAGUGCGGUCAUUACAGGGAAAUCUCAGACCCGAGGCUUUGAUGUAUUGACCGAGCUAUAGCAAAAAAAAGUUUAAUGAUUAGCUCGUCACUGGGCCUUUGUAUUUCCUUGCUUAUUGCAUUUUCGAGCUGGAUUAGAACGAAAUAACAGUGGCUAAAUCUAAACUAGAGACAAAUAUUUGGUCUGAGGCAUAGAGUCUAGCGUACGAAUAGUUUGGCGUCUGAAACGGAUAAUUCGUCUUUAAGUCUAUAUCUGGGCGGGAAAAAGGACGUAUAGAACGGUAGAAAAUUAGUUAGGCCCUCGUUAUUUUUUGUCGUCUAUUAACCCGUACUUUUUGUAAUUGUAAUUUGACAUGGUUUUUAUUUAUCGAAACAGAUGAUGGCAAAUCGUGCACACUGCUGUAAACACGCCGUCCUGCAGUAUUCUAGGGCUACAAAAGCCAUGAUGAUUACCAUUGAAAGCAUCCAGUAAGUGGAUUAUAUAUGAAGCCCCUAUAUCAAAAUCCACAUUCUUCAAUCUGUUCUCCAUAUGUUUCUUUCGGUUUAAUGGGGAGAAUUUGUCUAAACAUCCAGACGUUUCAGGCGAAAUGCAAUAGAGAGAUUUAAAGUCACGUUUACGGCAAACGUGAGAUUCAAGUUGAGAAUUUCUCAAAGUAGAAAAAGAGCAGAUGAAACAGUCCACAGCAAUUCUUAUUGAUUAAGUGACGUGAAGUUACUAAUUUUUAAGUAGACGUAAUGAAGACUAAAAGAGAAGUAAACAGAAAACUUUGUCAACGAGAUGCCAAUUAACGUUUGCGGGAAACGCGUCUCUAAGUCUCUCUAAUGCUGUUUACUGUUAAGUCAGUGUUAGCUUCCAUCUUGGAGAAAAUAUAAAAAGAUAAAAUUAAAUUAUCUGCCGUAACGUUUUUGAAGAAUGUCUUUGCAGUAAGUAUUUCUUGAAGUCUGAAACAACUUGGUUCGCGUCGUGUAAACCUGAUCGAGCUUCCCUUCUUAAGCUUGUUUUGUAUGGAAGGGAUACCUCUGGUAAUUUAGCGCAGGAAUAGUGAUAUUAAGAUUAUGUAGAAUUAAGUACCUGCUCGUAAAAGUACGAACACUGAAAAGAAUUUUGUUACUGAUAACAUUAAGCUACAGAGUUUACGAAAAGGGAAGAUCAGAACGACUGUGAGAUUUGUUGGAAUCUCGAAAUCUCUUGGUGUCCUGUGCGAGCGUACUUAUACUUUGGGUAUCCUGUGUGAUUGUCACGCGUCACGACGUUCGUGAGGCUGCAUGGUCUGUCCUUCCACUGUGCCAUCUCUUCUUACCAAAAGUGAUAUGCAGACUAGUUGAGGUCGGUUUCUUUCUGUUUCAGCAAAAACUUGAAGAAGGAGAUGAUGUUAUAUGUGUCUUUCUGCAAAGAAGUGGAAUCGCAGUGGGCAUCACUCAAGCAGACCUCAGAAGUUUACUUUGCCAGGUAUCAUUUGACCACAGGCUUACCACUUUCAGUUGGUUACCUAGUUGUGAAUAGCGUAAUAUUAGAUUGGAGCAAGCUAAAGAAACCAAACGUUUUCGUUGCCUCAUCUUCAGGCGAAUCUCUGCUGACGUCACUGUUUACGUUUUGGCUCAUUAGCAUACGAGUUAACCCAUAGAGGGCACAACCGUUUGCUCAAAUUAAAUUCAAAAGUUGAAAGAGUUGGUUAAUUUGCGCAAUUUUACAAUUUUCAGCUUUUGCAAGUAAUUACAAAGGAAGUAACAGUCAUCGAAAACUGAGAAAUUGCUGCGGGGUGGCAAAAACGUUAAUUGCAUACUAGACAGUGAUAUUACUUCUUAAAUCAUGCGGCCCAAUUAAGUCUACAAAUUUAUUUAAGGACGUAGUAAUGUUUUUGUUAAAUUCCAAUUAAUUUUGUUUUGCUCAAGUAACAUGCAGAAAAUAUUUUGCGACAAUAAAAUCUUUUUUUUUUCUAUUUUUAGUCAAAAUCAUCUGGUGUGGGUUUUUGAAAUGAUUUUGUCAACACUUUCAGGACCACAAGGUAAGACCAACAAAUCAUUUUGUUUUCUAAGUUUGUGUUUGUGCCUUUACGAUUUGUCAUCUCUCUCCCUGGAAGCGGGGUGGGGGGUAGGGUUACUCCCUUCAUAUAGCCUAUACAGAGCUGUGCCACUGGACAGGGUAUGGUUUUGACUUCUCUGUCCUUAACAGGCUAUAUAAUUUUUUGCGAGUCUGGCCUAAUUAUAAAUAGGAUGAGAUUUGUUUAUAGGUACAAAACCAAUGACUAUAAUGUGAAUUUGCUCAUAGUUAUUAGAGAAGACUGGUUAUGAAAGACAACGAACAUCAAAUAUAAAAACAACAGUGCUACAGUUUAUGUUGGAAGCUCCCUGAAGGUGCACAAUCCUUUGUUUCCUGUUGGCAAAUUGCGACCGAAUAAAUUAAUGAAACGUUUUUAUUGUUCAGUAUGAUCAAAAUGAUAGGAAUGCUAUUGAACGUUGUGAACCGUCAGGUCCACAAAAACAUAUAUCAAAGGAGUCUGACGGGUUUCAUAACCAUUCCAAUCUAUUAACUAUGAUUUGCUCCAUUGCAAUUCCCAAUAAACGGCUUAAAAACAAGGUGGCGCAGAUUUGGCCUUUGUCCUAAAUAGAGUAAUAAAAUUGAGGGUGUUGUCCUAAACGGGGUAUGAAUUUUACGAUUUUAUUUUUUGUCCUAAACAGGGUCAGGCUUUUUAGACCCUCAGCGGAUCACCAAUACCCAAAUAUUGGUCGAGUACCCCACUCUCCCCCCACCGCCUCCCCCGUGGAGUCUUUCUUACUCUUUGUGUAUUUGAAAACCUUUGUAUUCUUUUGAAGGUGAGCUGGAAGUAAUUCGACAAGACGUUCAAACUAUAAAGAAAUGGACAGAAGCUAAAAAGCAGAGUGAGACAGAGGUGGGAUUAUUGAUGGGAAUAUCGAUAACAACAGCAGCUCAUUUAACUCAAGAAUGCCAGUAGUCAAAUUUUAUAAAAAAUUGAUUUUAUAGACUACAAAAGGUCAAAUCAACUAUGUUGAAAUAUCACAAAAGAAGUUUUAUCAGUUUGUUAGAUUUUGUAUUUUUACCCGAGGAAAUUUUAGUCAGUAGGAUGAUAAACUUUUACGGUCGAACAGGAGCGCAUAUGGGCUCCUGAGACAACUGUAUAGGAAAUUUUGAAAAGUGGUUCUAGCGCAUGUCGCUGCAUGUAACGCCCUCAAUUUUUUUUUCAGUAGAAUCGCUAGCAGUGAAGCUUUAGUGACAAGGUGUAUGUAUUUAUAAUUUGGAUGAAUGUUUGGUCUUCCACUAAGAGUGAACUGAAUGCACAGAGCGCAAUCUGAUUAUGCGAUUGUAUCCAACUGAAAGCACACGGCGCAAUCUGAUUAUGCGAUUGUAUACAAUUGAAAGCACAAAGCGCAAUCUGAUUAUGCGAUUGUAUCUAAUUGAAAGCACAGAGCGCAAUCUGAUUAUGCAAUUGUAUCCAAAUGAAAGCACACGGUGCAAUCUGAUUAUGCUAUUGUAACCAACUGAAAGCACAGAAUGCAAUCUGAUUAUGCGGUUGUAUUUAAUUGAAAGCACACAGCGCAGUCUGAUUAUGCAAUUGUAUCCAAUUGAAAGCACACAGAGCAAUCUGAUUAUGCGAUUGUAUCCGCUUGAAAGCACACAGCGUAAUCUGAUUAUGCGAUUGUACUCAAUUGAAAGCAGAGAGCGCCAUCUGAUUAUGCGAUUAUAUCCAAUUGAAAGCACAGAAUGCAAUCUGAUUAUGCGGUUGUAUCCAGUUGAAAGGACAGAGUGCAAUCUGAUUAUGCGAUUGUAUCCAGUUGAAAGCACACAAUGUAAUCUGAUUAUGUGAUUGUAUCCAAUUGAAAGCACACAGCGCAGUCUGAAAAUGCAAUUCCAUCCAAUUGAAAGCACAGAAUGCCACCUGAUUAUGCGAUUGUAUCCAAUUGAAAGCUUAGAGCGCAAUCUGAUUAUGCGAUUGUAUCCAAUUGAAAGCACACAGUGCAAUCUGAUUAUCCGAUUGUAUCCAAUUGAAAGCACAGAGCGCAAUCUGAUUAUGCAAUUGUAUCCAACUGAAAGCACACAAUGCAAUCUGAUUAUGCGAUUGUAUCCAAUUGAAAGCACAGAAUGCAACCUGAUUAUGCGAUUGUAUCCAAUUGAAAGCACACAGCGCAAUCUGAUUAUGGGAUUGUAUCCAAUUGAAAGCACAGAAUGCCACCUGAUAAUGCAAUUGCAUCAUCAAAGCACAAAAAUCUGAUUAUGCGAUUGUAUCCAAUUGAAAGCACACAGCGCAAUCUCAUUAUGUGAUUGUAUCCAAUUGAAAGCACAGAAUGCCACCUGAUAAUGCAAUUGUAUCCAAUUCAAAGCACAGAAUGCAAUCUGAUUAUGCGAUUGUAUCCAAUUGAAAGCACAGAAUGCAAUCUGAUUAUGCGAUUGUAUCCAAUUGAAAGCACACAGCGCAAUCUGAUUAUGGGAUUGUAUCCAAUUUAAAGCACAGAGCGCAAUCUGAUUAUGCGAUUGUAUCCAAUUGAAAGCACAGAGCGGAAUCUGAUUAUGUGAUUGUAUCCAAUUGAAAGCACACAAUGCAAUCUGAUUAUGCGAUUGUAACCAACUGAAAGCACAGAAUGCAACCUGAUUAUGCGAUUGCAUCCAAUUCAAAGCACAGAAUGCAAUCUGAUUAUGCGAUUGUAUCCAAUUGAAAGCACAGAAUGCGAUCUGAUUAUGCGAUUGUAUCCAAUUGAAAGCACACAGUGCAGUCUGAUUAUGCGAUUGUAUCCAAUUGAAAGCACACAAUGCAAUCUGAUUAUGCGAUUGUAUCCAAUUGAAAGCACACAAUGCAAUCUGAUAAUGCGAUUGCAUCCAAGUGAAAGCACAGAAUGCAAUCUGAUUAUGCGAUUGUAUCCAAUUGAAAGCACACAACGCAAUCUGAUUAUGUGAUUGUAUCCAAUUGAAAGCACACAAUGCAAUCUGAUUAUGUGAUUGUAUCCAAUUGAAAGCACAGAAUGCGAUCUGAUUAUGCGAUUGCAUCUAAUUGAAAGCACAGAGCGCAUUCUGAUUAUGCGAUUGUAUCCAAUUGAAAGCACAGAGCGCAAUCCUAUUACGCGAUUGUAUCCAAUUGAAAGCACACAAUGCAAUCUGAUUAUGUGAUUGUAUCCAACUGAAAGCACAGAAUGCAAUCCUAUUAAGCGAUUGUAUCCAAUUGAAAGCACAGAGCGCAAUCUGAUUAUGCGAUUGUAUCCAAUUGAAAGCACAAAGCGCAAUCCUAUUGUGCGAUUGUAUCCAAUUGAAAGCACAGAAUGCAAUCUAGAUAAUUAUGCGAUUGUAUCCUGUAUCACUCGUAAUUCCUUUCUGUGCGCUUUGACUUUCUGUCGAGUGAAACGUACGCAAAUCACAGCGUUAAAGCAAGAACGUUUUGUUCUUCAGACGGCUCCCACAUGCGAUCGACCCCACCCGCAUUACCUGACCGUGACGUUUGGUUAUUCUCGGCUUCCACACUCAAGAUGUCACCAAAAUUCAAACUAAGGAAUUAUCGAUUAUUUUGAGUGUUCUUUUAUGAGUUAUCACAGCGGCUAAACACCUUUAUUUAUACAAAUGCUCAAUUGGAAAGGGUUCUUCGUUUUUCGAUAGAGGAAGCUUGAAUUUCUAAGCUAUUGGCAGGGAAAGCUCUCACGUAGGUGGAAAAUGUUACCGAUGUUUUAAGAUUUUUCUACCUAAACAUUUCUUCUUUCAAAAUAAAUAUUUCUUUAAUCUUUAUGAGUUCCUCAAGCGAUGAAUUCACGCGUUUGUAGCAAAACUCAAAGACUAAUGUUUUUGUUGGUUUCCGGCGGCCAUAUUUGUGCCCUCACAGGAACACCAACACAGCGUCUACAAACAAAGCUUUAUGAUUUUGGGUCAAAACUUUUCCCGCGUAUCUCGCAUAUGAAAUAUCGCUCACACCUGAUUCUUGGCGAGGUUUUUUGGAUUUUUUUAUGCUCUUCCAUUUCCUAGAUUCUGGGCUUUCUGUAUUGAAAACAGAGUUUUUACUCGAGCGUCGACCAAAUGUAUUAAAAGAAAUGGCGGCGCGCUGAAAAAAUCGAGCGAAUAUAGCGAAAGUUUCAAUCCAACGUUUUCUUUUCUGAAAUCUUCAUUCUUGUUAAACUUGGUAAGUAAAAAAGAGAACUGAAAUUCAUGCUUCUUUUAAACAAUUCAUUACCUAUUGAUUUUAAAAAUUGCAUCUACUUCUCUUUCUCAACAGUUGCACAAAACUAACCAAGGAUUGGAUCAAUUCAAGACUCUGAUUUCUGAAAUUGUAGAGAACGACAGAUUUCUGGCCUUCUUACAACAGUUCCGGAAGGACACAGCAAAUCAAACUUUGUAAGAAACGUUGAUAGUCUUUUAAAAUGGGCAGUUUUAUAUUAUGAGUUAUUUUGCGUUUUAAAGAAAAGUGAAUUAUAGAUUUUGAGAGGAUGUAGGUAUCAAUUAAACAAUUAAUUAACCGCAACAGCUCGGCGGUAAACGAGAACUCAUCUAUCUUUUCCAUCUUUUUGGUUUGUUUGUUUGUUUGUUUUAGCUUUAAUGUGGUUUCAACCUACACAGCUCGCAUUGAAGAGAUUUAUCAGAUGUUUAGAAAAGAUAAGCACCAGCGAAGUAAGUACUGGCGUUGGAGCUGUGCGAAGUGAAAAAGAGCGCGAUAAAUAGAACGGGCUAUCAUGUGAAUGGUCAUACUUAAGGAUUUCAUCCACAUACUCAAAAGUUAGAACCACCUUUUACAGCAUAAUAAACAGUACCGCAGGAAAGUUCUCCUCAGUAGCUUUCAUUUGAAUCGUUACAACAUACCCCGACAUUAUGCAAAAUAGGGCCAUUUAUACGAGGAAAAAUAAGACGCGAACUUUCGUAUAAACGGCACAUUUCGUCUAAAAUAAGUCGCGUCUUAUUUUAGACGAAAUGUGCCGUUUAUACGGAAAAUUUGCGUCUUAUUUAGGACGCGUCUUAUGUAAGACGCGUCUUAUUUUUCCUCGUAUAAAUGGCCCUAAUGUGUCGCUGCCUUCGUGUAUUGCAGUGGCUACUUCAUGUGUAACAUUGUUCUUUUUAACGUUAUGAACACAUGAAAAUCAUAUAAUGUGAACUGCGGAGUAAAGAGAGAAUGUGAAAGAAGAUCAUCGCAGUUAUAGACGCAACUUUUGCAGUUGCUAAAAGGAAAUUUCAAACUUCCUUUUCGCAGCUGCAAAAGUUGCGUCUAUAACUGCGAUGAUCUUCUUUCACUUAAUGACUUUUCUUUUUAAUAUUAAUUUUAGGAUUAUCCUACGGGGAUGAACAGAGACAUGGUUUUGACAGGAAAAAGGUCGUAGAAUUUUGCGACAAGGUCAACAGAGUAACAGAAGAAGCUCUGGGAAAAAGAAGUGAAUUACAUGGACAGCUUGUUCAGUGGCUGAAGUAAUUGUUAUUACAUGUAGAUGUAUUUUAAAAACGUUGAUACUGUCCUUGUCUGGUCUUACAUAAGUAAUCAUUAUUCAUUCGAAAUUUUUCGUUUUUCUGAUAAGCUCCAAACCCCUGGAAAAUAGGCCACUUCCGAGUUCCAAAAACCCUCACUUUCAAAAUGAGGCCAAGUGCACACCCUUCUUGUGAAAAAGAGUUUUACUUGCAUGAGAAUUAAAAAUCAUUUCCAUAUCAAAGGCCGAGCACUUAACCUCGUUCUGAUACGGAGACCCGGGGGGACUUGGAAAUGGCCUAUUUUCUAUAACCAGCUGCCGCUGACCGUAUUUGAAAGAUGUAUCAAUCAAUCAAUCUAUCAUUUAUUUUAACACGUUACGUCAAAGAGCUAAAAAACUCUGUUCAAAAUACGAACGUGUAGGUGUAUGUAGGUAAUGACCAACCAAAACGGUUUGUGCUGAAUAACAUUUAUUGAAAGAGUUUAUACCCUGGGGGCAGAGGCUACUUUUCGCGCCAGUUCACAACGCGGCAUUGUAGACGAAAAGCGGAAUUUCUGGCUAAAAUUGAACAGAAGAAAUACGUCAAAAAUAUUGCUAUAUGAAUGCCAUCAUGUUUUGACUACGAGAUGAAUUCGGCUCUCGUAUGAUAUGAAGAAUUAUGCAGUUCUGGGAGCCUGUUAUCGCUAACAAUCUCCUCGAUCUGCGUAAUUCUUCACAUUGCUCAUUAGCAUACCAUUGAACCCAUGGAAGAUGUAGCCGUAUAGGUUCAAUUAGGUUCAAAAACUAAACGAGCUGGUUAUUUUAUACAGUUUAUUCAACUGUCAGCUCUUUGCAAUCAGUAUCAAGGAAAAUAGCAGCAAUUAAAAACUACAAAAUUACUGGGUGGCAAAACGUUAAUGAGCACAUAUAAAUUAUUCUUUGUAAAUUUUGCUGUUUUUUCAUGAAGAAUUUCUCCGAAACUAUUUGGUAUAUCAGACUCAAUUUUUUAGAGAUAACUGAAAUUGCUAUUCUCUCUCAAUAUUCAGGAAUUACAUUUUAUUAGCUUCAUCAGAAAAUAAUAAGCCCAUGCUAAUGAGGCAAAAAAUGUAACCAAGGAUUCGCCUUUAAUUGUUAAGUACCCAGCGAUCGGGCUUUCAACAUUGUUUCUAUUUAAAAUUAAAACAAGUAGACAGGCCUCUUUUUAAUCACCCUUGUUGGACUUUUCAGUGAGGUGAAUCGUUGCUUUGAAGAAGCCGAGAAUUUCCAUUCUUCAUUUAUUACACAAACUGAAGCAACCCAAAUUCAUCUUAAUGCUUUGCAACAGGUGAGACAUAAGAAAAAAAAUGCACUUAAUUUGAAUGACAAUGUAUUUAGCACGAAAGGGGACACUAUUUUUACGUCUCCUUCCGGAGACGGGACCGCCAUUUUACCUGGUCUUCUGAUCCACGCGAAGGUCUCGCCGCUUGCAGUGCAAAGGUAUUACCUUCAUUUCUCUGUUAUUUUAAGACCUUGAGUGUUGAUCCGGCCCCGGGAAUCGAACCCACGACCUCCCGCUCUGCAGUCAAGCGCUCUACCGUCUAAGCAAUCCUGUCGCGGUUACAAAAGGUGUACAGGCCGCUAAUCCUGCCGCGGUGAAGAAAGGUGUACAAGUCGCGAGUGAAAGUAGUUUAGGUGUUCCGGUCAAGCCGUUUUUGGCGCAGGAAUAUUUUCUUGAUUUCGUGAACAAAAUUCGGUGGAAUCUCAGUAACGAGUGUAUCACAUUAGAUGAGGUGUAUAUUGUGUUCUGGCGUAGGUUUUCUCACACGUUUUGAACUGGUUUGACAAGUUAAGAUAACUACGUCGGAAGGAGGAGCUUCGCGAAAAGUAUUUUGGAACAGAACAACCAUUGUGGUCAAAAGUGUUGAGUUGGUCAACUUUCCACCUCCCAACAAGGAAAUGCUAAGGAAAUCGGGAUAAACUCCGUUCGUUUGGACUUUAAGCUCGUGUGUGCCGACUUUUUUGGCUCGUGAAUGCAGACUUUUUUGGCUCGUAUUUGCAGACUUUCUCAUCUGCUUUAGCCAUCGAUGUACAUUAUUUGUGUUAUCUUUGUUUUUUAGUUUCAAGAAGAAUGUAAGGAGAAAUCCGAAGCCAUUGUACAAAAGCUUCAAAAGAUUAUCACUGCUUCAAGCUCUGCUAGUACAAAAACUGAACCAGCUGCCGCCGCUGUAAACGAUAAUACUAAUGAGACUUUAGAUGAUGGAGUAGUGCAAGCACUAGGAAAUGAGUACGUAUUACAAAGCAAUUUUAUUUUUUAAUGUGUGUCAGUUUAACAGCAUCCUCCUUGAGACUACCUGGAAAGGUGAGACUGAGUAAACUGUAGAAAAUACUUCUCAAAUUUUAUGAAUAAUUCAUCAAGAGAAACCAAAAAAAAAUUCACUGAUGUAAAAGUAUUAAGGCUAUAUAUUGAAAGUUAUCAUAAAAAUUGUACAAAAUUUAGUUUACAAUAUCUAAGUAUGACCAUUCAAAACACUGAAGCAUUUCAUCGACGGGCUCCAAAAGUUAAAACCAUCUUGUACAACAUAAUAAACAGUACCACAGGAAAGUACUGCUCAGUAGCUUUCAUUUGAAUGGUCACACUUUAGGAUUUUAUCCACAGACUCAAAAGUUAGAACUACCUUGUACAGCAUAAUAAACAGUACCACAGGAAAGUACUGCUCAGUAGCUUUUAUUUGAAUGGUCACACUGAAGGAUUUCAUCCACAGACUCGAAAGUUAGAACCACCUUGUACAGCAUAAUUAACAAUACCACAGGAAAGUACUGCUCUGUAGCUUUCAUUUGAAUGGUCACACCCUAGGAUUUCAUCCACGAUCUCAAAAGUUAGAACCCCCUUGUACAGCAUAAUAAACAGUACCACAGGAAAGUACUGCUCAGUAGCUUUCAUUUGAAUGGUCACACCCUAGGAUUUCAUCCACGAUCUCAAAAGUGAGAACCACCUUGUACAGCAUUAUAAACAGUACGACAGGAAAGAACUGCUCAGUAGGUUUUAUUUUGAGUGGUCACACUGCAGGAUUUUAUCCACAGACUUAAGGACACUGUGUAAAAAUGUGCUGAAAGCAAACUCAACGCAUCUCGUUUCCUUUCCUUGAACGCACUUUUCACUGCUACAACAAAGCAAUGAAGCAUACUACAUUGUGUUCGAUUUGAUGUUGUUGUUAUUCAUUUUUUUUCGAUGGUCUGUUGUUAGGCUUAAUUCAUUAUCCAUCCUCACAAAAGCGUCUCUGGAAAAGGCUAAAGAUAACACUCAGCAGAUUGAAAAGUAAGGCUUGCUAUAUUAUGAAAGUGGUUCAAUUUGCUGUUCACAGUUGUCUGUUUUUGUUUCUAUGUAGUUUAUUCAUUUAUCAUCUCUUUUUCUGUAGUGUGAUCACGGGUUUUAUAAACCUUUACACGUCAAUCAAUGAGCAUCUGAUGAAAAAAGCUAAAGAGUAAGUGUACACUUCUGAUCUUCACUCUGACAUGUUUUGUUACAAAAAAACCAAAAAAUUUAAAAUUGAGUUAAAUUCCGUUAUUUACCCUCGGAAGUAUUUUUAGCGCUAAGGCUAGUGGGGCCGAGCAAAUGCCUGAAACAAAUGAUUCAAAUGAAAGUUAACAGGGCUAAGAAUCGCAACUGGCCGUAGACAAACCAGCUGUCUAUUUACAAGCGUGGUCGAGGAUUUGAACUUGGGACAACCGAGAACAAAUCCACCCAGCGGUCAGGGCGGGACUUAAACUCUGGACUUCCGAAUUACAAGUCCAGCAGAGCUCUAACCGCUCGGCCAUGCUGCCUCCGUGACAAGGAGAAAAGACAAAGUCCGCGAGAGAAAGUACAUGUGUUUCCUGAACCUUUUUUUGUUUUAUAAAUCUCUUUGUAGUGGCAUAUUCAUCUUGUCAAGUCAAUUGAUAAAACUCGAUAUGUUUUACUACCCACCUAAACAGCUUUUUAAACUACCGUAAAAUUCCGAAAAUAAGCCCCGGGGCUUAUAUUUUUCAAAGGCCCUUUUUGAGGGGCUUAUUUUUGGAGGGGCUUAUAUUCGGAGGGGCUGAUCUACGGAGGGAAAUUUGCGUUUCAAAAUCGAUUGUGCUAGCCUUAUAUUUGGAAUAAAUUUACCGUUUUUGCUUUGUUUUCCUUUGUAUUUGAGGGCAAUUUUCCAAGUACAAGCGCCCGGGGGGCUUAUAUUUGGAGGGGCGAUUUAACGGAGGGUUUUUUGCGUUACCGGGUUGGGGGGCUUAUAUUUGGAGGGGCUUAUACAUGGAGGGGCUUAUUUUCGGAAUUUUACGGUAACCCGUUUAUUUUUCGUAAGAAUUCAUCUUUUCUGACGUAGAAUUUCUGGUGCACAAUAAGGGAGAGUUUCAUGACCAAAGAAGGUUUAAUUGAACCCAAUUUAAGUGGGUUUUAAUUUUUGUUCAACAGACUGGAGGAAACAAUGACCGGGGAGUCGCAAAACUAGCGGCAGUUGGGGAAAGGCCAGACGCAGCCCUGAUGGGCCAAUGCUGGCAUUCCAGUUUCCUGUCAUGGAAUCGCCUCCGAGCCAGUGACCCUCACUCAGUCUAGCCACAGGCCAACCAUGCUGUUCACAAUCACAGACUAUCCAGCUUAUGAGUUGAUCCUCAACUCUACAGUUGAAACCUGUAGUCGUGAACAGGAUGAACAAUGAAGAGCAUUAUGGGAAUACUCCUGCUCUGAUCAGAGGCCUGGGACUCACUGGUUCCCAGACUUCAAAUGUGGUCCUGUCUAUUCAACGUUUCAAGUUUAGGGACCGUUCAUUUUUUAUGGGGUAGCGGGGGCUGGUGGGAUUUGAAGAAAAGCUCC